AUUUUAUAUAAUGAGAACUUUUAUUUCAUUUUAUAUAUUUAACCAUAAUAAACUAAUAUCAUUAUAUUAUUACCUAAAUAAACACAAUCUAUCUUAUCUCUAACUUAAUAUUUGUACACUUUUAUUUUAUAACCGAGUUUCUGAGCCAGUUUAACAGUACACUUAAUACUUAGUUCAAUUUCACGGUGGCCCAAGCUUUAUACUUUUGCUAUCUAAAUAUAAUAAUAAUAAUUUAUCCAACCUAGUGCCACAAACAAAAUUGGGCAUUGUGAUAUAAGAAAAUUUCAUAGAGAGGAAUUUCAGAACAGUUUUCUCCAGCGGAAAUGGAAACCAAAGUCCUUCAUUUCAGAUUCACAUGGAUAGAGCAUAGCACAAGAACAAUGAAACGCUGUUCAGUUGUUUUACAUUGGUUGGUGGUCUCUUGUUGGUUGUUCUUUCCUCUUGGUGUUUCAAGUUUAGCAGACACACUUGGAGUUGGCCAAGAAAUGAAAGACUGGGAACAUCUAGAGUCUUCAAAUGUGCAAUUUCAACUAGGGUUCUUCAGCAGUCCCAGUGGAUCCACCAAUCGGUACUUGGGAAUUCUAGCCCAAGAAUUUUAUUACCCAAAUGAAACCUAUGAGGUGGUUUGGGUUGCCAAUGCUGCCAAUCCAUUGACAGAUAGCUCUGGAGUUCUGAAGAUAACCCAAGAGGGAACCCUCAUGAUCAAUGACAGUAGAGGGAUCUCCAUCACUCUCAACUCUGAAAAAUAUUUGGGCAUGCCUAGUAUAAAUAAUAUGAGUGCAAGACUAGAUGAUUCAGGGAAUUUUGUUUUGAGAUCAUCAGGAGGUAAUAUUUUAUGGCAAAGUUUUGAUCAUCCAUCUAAUGUAUGGCUACAAGGCAUGAAAUUGGGUUUGUUUGACCUAAAGAGUGGUAAGCCACAACAUCGGUUUCUCACCUCAUGGUCAAGCCUUGAGGAUCCGGAUACGGGGGAUUUCACUCUAGGUAUUGAUGAAAAUCAAAACAACACAAAACAACUUGUAGUUUGGAAAAGAGGAGUUGUUUAUUGGAGUAGUGGCUUCUGGAAUGGAUACAAUUUUAACUUGCUUUCUGAACAUGAUUUGUCUUAUGAUCUCGGUAACUUCUCAUUGAAUUUCAGUUACUUCUCAAAUGAGAAUGAGAGUUAUUUCACUUAUAACAGCUUUUAUCAAUCCAAUAUUUGGUUUCGGUUAGAUUCUUCUGGGGUACUUUACCUCUGUCACUAUUCAUCUUGUGACAAAGCAGUAGUAAAUUGUAAUCCUGACCAAGGAGAUACUGUGUCUACUGGGUGUGUAAUGCCUAAACCAUCCAAAUGUAUAGAUGGAGAUGUCUUCAAGGAGACUAGGCAAUUAAUGAAGCCAUAUUUGUACUUACCUAAUUCGAGCCUGGGUCUUAGUGACUGCAAGGAGAUAUGUAGGACGAAUUGUUCUUGUGAGGCUUAUGCUUCUCUUAAUCCAUCUGAUGGGUCAGGUUGUAUAUUUUAUCAAGGUCUUUAUGAAGGUCCAAAAUAUACGUGGAGUAAUGCAAGUGUCUUGUACGUUCGGAACAACACUCUUGCAGGAAGUGUGAAUAACAAACCUCUGCAUUAUGCGAGGAGGAGGAAGUUAUGGUUGACCAUUGUUGCUUCAACUGCUUCUCUACUAAUACUUGCUUCAUCCUCCUUACUAUGCUAUAUAAAAUGGAGAUACCGCUGCUUUAAAGGAGGAAGCAACAAAGAUGAGAUUGUCCAAGGAAUGCAACUGUUAAUGGAUGAAUUGAAUAAUAGUGCAACAAGUAUUGAUGAAUUAAGCAAUGUAGGGAAGCUCAAAUUAACGGGACAAAAGGAUCGUGAGCUACCAUUUGUCAGCUUUUCUACCAUAGAAAUUGCUACAGAGUACUUCUCUGAGAGAAAUAAGAUUGGUCAGGGUGGCUAUGGGCAUGUUUAUAAGGGUAUGUUGGUUAAUGGGCAAGGAAUUGCAGUAAAAAGACUUUCCGGUAGCUCGAGACAAGGAUUAGAGGAGUUCAAGAAUGAGGUUACAUUGAUCUCAAGACUACAACACCGCAAUCUUGUUAGACUGUUGGGUUAUUGCAUGCAAAGAGAUGAAAGGAUAUUAAUAUACGAGUACUUACCGAAUAAAAAUGUAACAAAACAACAUUUAUUAGACUGGAAAGUGCGUGUCAGCAUCAUUGGAGGAAUCGCUCAGGGGCUAUUGUACCUCCAUAACUAUUCUAGAGUACGAAUUAUUCAUAGAGAUUUGAAAACUAGCAACAUUUUAUUAGACAAAGACAUGAACCCAAAAAUAUCUGAUUUUGGCACUGCUAGAAUUUUUGGUGACAAUGAAAAUCAAGCAAAAACAAAAAGAAUUGUUGGGACACUUGGUUAUAUGUCCCCUGAGUAUGCUAUGGAUGGUCUCUUUUCUGUGAAAUCUGAUGUCUUCAGCUUUGGAGUCAUGAUGCUAGAGAUUAUAAGUGGAAAGAGGAACACAGGUUUCUAUCUGCCUGAUGGUGCUUUAAACUUGUUAGGAUAUGCAUGGAACCUGUGGAAAGAAGCAAAGGGUUUGGAGCUAGUAGGUCAAGGAUUAGUUGAAACAUGUUCCAUAAGAGAGGCUAUGCGCUACAUUCAAGUUGGUCUCUUAUGCGUUCAAGAAAUUGCAGCUGACAGACCAAACAUGUUAGAUGUUGUGUCUAUGCUUACUAGUGAAACAAUUGUUUUACCUUUUCCUAACAAACCUGCCUUCUCUAAAAUCAUGGGUAUAACAGACACAAGUAUGAUUAGAAUUCUUGAACAUUGCUCCAUAAAUGUUGUCACAAAUUCGGAAGUAGAGGUUAGAUGAUAUUUAUUUUUGUGGUUUUGGGUCACUUGGUUGAUCCUCACUUGGUGUCUCCUUGUGAGACUUGUUUGUUGGUGUCUUUUGGUUGAAAUUCUAACUUUAUUGAGACUUAUUUAGAUAGGAUUUUGAGUUUAGUGAGAGAACUUGUAUUUGGGAUUGGUGAAUUAGGUGAGCAUUUUGUUUUAUCACCAUUGUAACUCUUCUGAACAACAGUUCUCUCUCGAUAGUGGAUCAUUCUUUUUGUUUGUUGACAUGGGCUAAUAUUGAACUACAUAAUCAUUGUCUCUCUUUUGGAUUUGUAUAAAUUGUAUGAUUCUUCUACUCCAUAUUCAAAGCCAUCAAUUAUCUUGA